CUACAGUUUCAGACACAUUGAACACACUGUCUCUAAGGUCGGACGCCCCAUGUUUUGCUUGGCGAACGAGCCGAACUAUGGCUGAUAUUUACCGAUAUCCCGUUUUCUUUGAGUGCCAGAGCCACCUGCUCGACAAGAAGAGGAUAGAAACGCAUUUCCGUGUUCGCCGCAGAUCAGGCGGGGGGGACUGUGGACCACUGAGGCGAGAGACUGACACAAUCUACAGCGUUGCUUUCAGAAAUCAGAAAGAUCAGCAGGCAGUCCUGCAGAGAUCUGAGCACGUCGUUGAGCUUAAAGAUGGUGAAGUAGUGAUCACUGUCCGAGGCAGCCUCGAACCUCACGCCUCUACUGUCAAAACGUCAGCCCAACCCCGGGAUUCAACAGCUCCGGUACAGAGCCCACUGGUCAAUCCUGCCUCAACUCCUCCAUCAAGUGGUGAAGACUACGAAUUACAACUUAAUAUGUACCUCCUGCAUUACCUAAAGGAACACCCACAAGCUUGGAAAGAACUAGAGAAAGAACUCACCUCUGUUUCCUGCUCAGCCCAGCUUUACCCAGAGGAGGGUAGGGUGUUAGUCAUGAGUUUAGCUCAGCCUGGUGUUGAUGGUGGUGUAAAAAACUGGAGAGCUGAAGUAGACAGAGUCUUUGAUGACUACAUGUUUCACUACGAGGUUGAACCUGUCAGAGUUAGAGCUUUGCUUCUGUCCUGCAGCUCCCCUCAGACCACAGAUGAGGUAAAUGUUUACAGCAAGGGUGGGAUGGCUGUUGUUGUUGGGAAGCGAUCGCAGGUGAGUGCCAUGUUGAUGGAUUUAGAAGAAAAGUCAAGUGUUGGUGAGAAACAAACCAGCGUUAUACAGCUCGGUAAGGCCAAACUCGCCCUCCUCUGGAAAGAGAUUGAGAACAGCUUGGGACAAGAAUAUCCAGAAGUGAAGGUCACCCAAGGAGAUGAAGGUCAGAUAGUUUUGGAGGGAACCAUGGAGGAAAUUGUCAAGGCUGGAGAUUUGAUCUCAAAUAUUGGGACAUUGGUAUUAGAGAGGACAGUUUCUGAUGUAAGCCCACACUUUUUGGCCUUCCUGAGGGAAACCUAUGGUGGUCCAGGGUUGCUGUCUGAGUUUUUAGGGGUUGGCGACAAGGUGGAAAUAGAGUUAAGAGAUGCAGAACUAUGUUUCUUUGCCCUUUCUACUGAUAAACUGGAUGACACAGAAAAAAAACUAACAGAAAUAUUCAAGGAAGUCAAUAUUGAUAUUUCUGACUGCUCUGUUGCGCUACCCGAGCUUUGGGAAAAGCUUGAGUGCAAGACAAAGGAGAUGAACCAAAUGCAAUGUAGGGCUGAGGCUGUGUUCGGCUCAGAUAACAAGGUGUGCUUAUUGGGCCACACCAAAGAAGUUGAAUUACUCAGUGAAGUUGUCAAACAGUUUGUUUUGGACCAUUCGAAUGUGCAAAGCGUAAUCCAUCUGCCGUUUCCAGAACUAGCACAAGACUUGCCAGAACUACUGCAGCUGCACAAUGUAGACUCUUUAGGGGUUACUAUAAACCUUUUAACAACUUUCUCUGGGCCCGUGGUUGUGCUGGAAGGUCCACCUGGCAAAGUGAGGGAGGUCAGUAACUGGCUAUGUCUAUAUUUGGAUAGAGUCACUACUGAUGAGAACGGGUCAGCAAGAUAUUUCCGAAGCCCCCCUUGGAAAGGUGAACCCCAUUGUGUUGCAGAGAAUCUGUCAUCGUUGCGCUUGAAUGAAGUAAACACAACCGUUGCGACUUACCACCUUAAUGGAGGGCUUCAAGUGCUGGUGUGUCAAGGUGACAUUACCAAACAGGAUGCUGACGCCCUUGUGAAUGCUGCCAAUGAAGAUUUGAACCACUGUGGAGGGGUUGCGGCUGCACUGAGCAAAGCAGGCGGCCCUGAAGUUCAGCGUGAGAGCAGCUCCUUAGUUGAGACUUUUGGGAAAUUACCCACAGGUGAAGUGGUGGUCACCACAGGUGGAAACUUAAACUGCAAGGUAUUGCUGCAUGCUGUUGGACCAGUAGGUGGACAAUGCGGUGGAAAAGAAAGGGUGUUGCUGGGAAAAACUGUCCACUCUGCUCUGAAUUUGUCAGAAAUGAUGGAGUUCCAGUCCAUAGCCAUGCCUUGUAUCAGCUCAGGGAAUUUCGGUGUCCCUGUUAAUGUGUGUUCACAGGCUAUUGUAACGGCUGUUAAAGAGUUUGGAAGUCAAGGAGGGCGUAGUCUAAGACAAAUCAUUCUGAUUGAUAACAGAGAGGAGGUGGUUAGGGUAAUGCACGAAACAUGUGACAAUCUUCUCCAAGGGGUAACUACUGGAAAAAGUGCACCAAGUGAAAUUGGUUUUCCAAUGGAGGCUUCUGUCCAAGACGAGGCUAGGGCUCUUGUCCGUGUGGAGAUCAUGCAGGGUACCAUAGAGACACAGCAGGUUGAUGCAGUGGUGUCCCCAAUGGUUGGCCCCAAUAUUCAGACCACUCGUGUAGGAAACACUUUGUUCAAAAUGGUUGGGCCUCAGCUGACUGCGAUGUUCAGAGGGGAAAGAGGAGAAGAAACUCUGGCUGGUGACACAGUCCUGUUGGAGGGCCUGUCUGCACUUCCAUCUAAUGCCGUCUUCUUCCUCAACCUCGCUCCCUGGGAUUUUGACCAAGAAGGAACUGCUGCUCAGGCUCUGAGAAUGGGCAUCAAACAAAUCCUUACUACUUGUGACAGUAGAAGGUUUGCUUCUGUUGCUCUCCCUGUACUUGGGGCUGGGAUCGCUCUGAAAUUUCCUGACAGCUUGGUAGCAAGGAUUCUACUGGAAGAGGUUUACGCUUUUGAACAAGAGCGAGCCAGCAGAACACCAUUCACUGUCCGGAUUGUCAUCCACCCGAAUGAGGAAAAGGUUACUGAGGUCUUCAAGUCUGUCCAGGAAGAUUUCCAACUCAAAGAAACCAAAAGCAAAGUUCAGCAUCCAGACCAAGAGUCUGCUACGAAAAGGAUUGUGCUGCUUGGAAAAACCGGAUCUGGAAAGAGCAACCUGGCGAACACCAUAUUUGGAGAGAAGUUGUUCACCACAAACCACACCCCUAACUCUGGAACAAGACAAUGUCAAGCAGAAACCAAAUCUGUCAACGGCAGAAGCUUCACUUUGAUCGACACUCCAGGUUUCUUCGAUGCAGGAAGGCCUGAGGAGGAUAUGAAGCCUGAGAUAGUGAGGUGUAUCACAGAGUGCGCUCCUGGGCCCCAUGCAUUUGUCAUUGUGCUGAAAGUGGAGAAGUUCACUGAGCAGGAGCAGGCUGUGAUCACAAAAAUAUGCCAAUAUUUCUCUGAAGAUGCUCUUAAAUAUGCUGUCAUUGUGUUUACACAUGGCGACCAGCUCCCUAAAGGGGUGAAAAUCGAGGACUUUGUAAGUCAGAAUAGAGAUCUGAGUGAUCUGGUGAAGAAGUGCGGUGGAAGGUGUCACGUCAUAGAUAAUAAAUACUGGAAGAACAAAGUUCAGAAUAACUACAGGAGCAACCAGCUUCAGGUAGAGGAGCUACUGAAGACAAUAGAUAAGAUGGUGAUGGAAAACAACGGAGACUUCUAUGUCAAUGAGAUGUUUCAGGAAGUAGAGAAAGAAAUACAGAAAGAGGAAGCGCACAUUAGACAGUCUUGGGGUGACAUGCCAGUCGUAGAGAUCAGAAAAGAAGCAAAAAGCAGAGUGUCUGAGAAGUUUUUGAUAGAACUGGCUGGCACUGCAACGGGAGCGUUGAUGGGUGCUUUGUUUGGCGUGGCUGCAAUGGUUGGAUUAGUUAUCACAGCUCUGCGAAACUGUCAGUCUUUUAUAAGUGUCAUGAAAAGAAGGCCAGCAGUAGGAGGUGCAGCUGCAGCAGCUGCAGGAGGAGUAGAAGCAGCAGGUAUGACUGCUGCGGGGGUGUUGGUUGGUGUGACUGCACUGGGCAUGACUGCAACAGGUGCAGUUAUUGGUGGAGUUAUUGGACGUGAAGCAUCUGAGGGAGCAGAAACAGUGAAGGAUGCAAUUGACAGAGCAGCCAAUAGUGUUAUCAACAAAGGAAAAUAUGCCUUAAAGCUGCAAUAAUUGGGCGCUUUGCAAAUUCUAUUUCGUAAGAGUGUGAAGAAC